AUGUGUGAGGUGACGCCCACCUUCAGCGGAGAAGUCCAGCAUGGCUCGCUGCUGGGCCCAGCUGAGGCAGGCAGGGACCCGGAGCUCCUCCUCAAGAUGGUGUUCGCAGAGAUGAGGAGCAUGCUGGAGACAAUGCGCGAGGUGAAGGGCAGGCUGGCCACUGCACAAUUGAGGGUGCGCCAGCUGAGCCAGAAUGACAACCUGAAGCAGCAGCUCAGCAUCCUGCUGCCUGAGGUCUGGGCCGGGCGAGGGCGGGGCCUCGGGGAGCGCGGGAAGGGAGGAUUGUUCGAGCCUGUGACCAAGGAGUUGAUAACGUGUCAGAAGCAUUUGCUGGAAAGGGAAGAAGAGAUUGCAGAGCUGAAGGCAGAGCGGGACAACAUGAGGCUGUUGUUGGAACGCCUGAAGUAUAUGGUGUCCAAGCAGGAAAGAUCUCUACACAGGACCUUUGUCAAAUGCCAGGCCCAGUCCUCUGCGGGUGUCUCCUCGGAGAUCGAGAUGAUUAAGAAACUAAAAGUCCUCUUCCGUCAUCACAGAGUCCUAGAGGAGAAGGUGCUGUGCAUCCACUCCCUCCAGACCCUUGCCAAUGGCAUGGGUUCUGUCAAGGACACCAAUGGGCGCAUAGCCGAGCUGCAGGAGGCCCUGGAGCAGCACCAAGCAGAAGUAUGCCAGCUACGGGAGGGCCAGGCAUUGCUGCACGGGCAGGUGGGCCAGCUGGAGCAGGAGCUGGCCACUGCUCACCACCAGCUGAAUGAGACCAAAGAAGCCAACCGCAAGCUGCAGCAGGAGCUCAAGGAGAAUGAAGAGAAGAGGCGACAGCUGGAAGAAUGGCUGGAAGAUUCUAAGCUGAAACUGCAGCAGAUGCUGCAGAAGGCAGCGCCCUUGCCUGAGGCUGAGGCUCAGCUGGCACAGGGAGCAGAGGCUCUGCACAAGAAUCCUGUCCACAAGAAGGAAGCUGGGGUUCCACCAGGACAGGGCCCAACCGUAACAAGAGACACCCCACCACCCAAUCCCUGCUCUGCUCAUCUUCAUGGGAAGACCCAGGCCUUGGCACUGCAGGAAGAUGCGGGACCCUCCCGAGAAAGCAAGGGCACCCCAGAUGCCCUCCACAAAGGCCCCAAGAAGAAGGGCAUGAAAAGUUACCUAAGCAACCUCUUUGGAAAGAAAACAAAGGGCAAGAUGGGACCUCCAGGCCAGGACAGCUCUUCCUUGGGUGACCUCACGGGACUGAAGAUCUUCCUGGGCUGGGCCGACUUUCCACCCUGCCCCAGCAUCAUCUGUGGGGACCAGAGUCCAGAGCUCCCCUGA